AUGGUCCCGCUCCUCGUGCUCCUCGCUGCCGCUGGGGCCCUCGCCGGCCCCGACUACCUCAAGCUCUUCGCCCCCGGCCCGCCCGGGCUCGACCCCUGCUACGAAGAGGACCGCCCUAAGAGGUGCAUCCCCGACUUCGUCAACGCCGCCUUCAACUCCCCCGUCGAGGCCAGUUCCACCUGUGGGCUCUUCGGACCAACUCGCUUCUGCGAUGAUCCGAAUACCUGCUCCGUCUGCGACGACACUCAACUCCGGAAGCGCUAUCCUCCAGCCUUCCUCACGGACCUCAACAACCCAAACAACGUCACCUGCUGGAGAUCGGAACCACUCCUUCCUCCUACUUCUAGCAAUGCUCCUCCGGACAACGUCACCCUCAAGCUCAGCCUAGGUAAGAAGUAUGAACUGACUUAUGUGUCGCUACAAUUUUGUCCCAAGGCUCCUAAACCCGAUUCCAUAGCCAUUUACAAAAGCAUGGACUACGGUAAGACAUGGCAGCCAUUCCAGUUCUAUUCAGGCCAGUGCAGGAAGUUCUACGGACGUCCGAAUCGUGCCACAAUAACUAAGGCCAACGAACAGGAAGCUUUGUGUACCGAUUCCCACCGCUUCAUAGGAGAUUCUCCUAUGGCAUCCCGGAUAGCCUUCAGCACUCUAGAAGGACGGCCGAGCGCCGGAGACUUCGACAACUCUCCCGUUCUUCAGGACUGGGUGACCGCAACCGACAUCAAAGUUGUAUUCCACCGCCUACAAUUCCCGACCGUUGAGGAACCAGAAGAGCCAAGGGAAGAGGUGAAGGAGAAGGUGGUGCUGACUUCCGAACAAGAGCUUCAGGAGCCGGUGUCGGACGUGGCGGUGGAUACCCCGAACGUCAUCACGGGAAUAGUGACCACUACCCCUGCGACCAUGUCCUACCAGUACGCCGUUUCCGACUUCGCCGUCGGCGGGAGGUGCAAGUGCAACGGGCACGCUUCCAAGUGCAUCCAAAACGCCGCGGGACAGCUGACCUGCGACUGCAAGCACAACACCGCCGGGAGGGACUGCGAGAGGUGCAAGCCGUUCCACUUCGACAGGCCGUGGGGCAGGGCCACCGCCAAGGACGCCAACGAGUGCAAAGGUGAGUACAGUUCGCGGCUAUGCCGAUAUUUUAAUCUAUCAUGUUAG